UUGUUCUCGGGUGUGGGUACUGGGUGGACCUUUCACAUCCAGGAGUCCAGUCCUUUAAAAAAGGGGUGAACUGCUUCCUUGGCGAUACCGUUUUGUAGUGAGUUUUGAGAAGAAUUUAUUUAAAAAAAAAAAAAUUGUUAGGGAUUGUUUGGUGUCCUCUGGCAGUUGCAGACCUGGAAAUUUAGUAGGUGUGCACGUGUUUUCGUUUCCAAACUGUUCAAAUGACCACACGUGCCCCUUUCUGACCGAAUUAAACUUUUGUAUUUGCCAGAGCAUGCUGGUUUUAGGUUAGUUGUUCAGGACUUUUUUUCAGCGUAUUUUCAUAUGUCAUUGUGGACUUGAUUGUAGUGGAAAGGGACAGAACUUGGAAACCGGAUUACCUGCUCAGUUAUUUGCGAUACACAUUACUUCACCAUUCAGCCUCAGUUAUCCUUAAGAUGGGAGGAAACGUUUACUUCCCAGUGGGUGAUUCCAGAAUUGGUCGGCCAUACUGUGGUCACUGUCUUAAUGCUCAUCUCAUUGCACUGGUUCAUCUUCCUUCUCAACUUGCCUGUUGCCACUUGGAAUAUCUAUCGGUUCAUUAUGGUGCCAAGUGGUAACAUGGGAGUGUUUGAUCCAACAGAAAUACACAAUCGAGGGCAGCUGAAGUCACACAUGAAAGAAGCCAUGAUCAAGCUUGGUUUUCACUUGCUCUGCUUCUUCAUGUAUCUUUAUAGUAUGAUUUUAGCUUUGAUAAAUGACUGAAGUUGGAGCAGCCGCGGUUGAAGCUCGCCUACACUACAGUGCACAGCUGAGGAGCCAGACUACUUCAAUCACCCUUAGAACCAUGACCAUAGCAGUAUAUUUUUCCUCUUUGAACAAAAAACUAUUUUUGCUGUAUUUUUACCAUAUAAAGUAUUUAAAAAAUAUGAAUUGAGUUGUCGUAGAUUUCUGGUUCUCAACUUUAGCCAGACCCCAUCACGUGAAGGUGACUUUUCAUCAUCUAUAUGUUGAAGAUGGUUUUUUGUACGUAGGAACAGGACUGCCAUUCCAGCUCUGCAUGCCAAAGAAAUAAAGGACGCACGGUAAAGAAAAAGCUGGAUGAGCAAAGCUGCUCUUUAGGUCUACCGAAAAGGCCAGCACUAUUAAUCUGGACAAAGGAAAACAAAGUUCCUUGCCCUUUUUGCCUAUAUUGUGGCAGCUUCGUAUGCUUAAUGUGGUUUAAAGAUGUAUGGAACUAUCAGCUAAAAGUCUUUUCACAAGGAUGUUAAUGGAAAAAUGACAUUUCCAAAUAUAUAUUUGUUUGCAGAAUCUGUGAAACCUUAUAAGCCAUUUGCCCAGGUACGAUGUAAUUCCUGCUUAUAGAAAGGAAAAAUAAAUCAGAAAAGCAAAAUUUUAUCAAGAGCUUUUGUUUAAAAGCCACUGUCUCCACAAUCUCCCUCAAACUCUAACCCUCCCAGUGGCUCGUCAGGUCUUGUUUUCUUCGUAUUGCAGUUGUUCCAAGUAGUAGUUGAUCUCUCAGAUAUAUUUUUAAUGGAUUUGGAGGGUGAUUUGGUAGAAGAUACCCAUCAGAUUAGAAAUGGGGGAUCGUGAAUUCUCUGUCAGUAGAUUUGAGCCUCUUAGCGCUCUGCUUUGACACAGAUGACUUUGUGGAUUGGAAGACCCCUUAUAAGCCACCUCAUGGGUAUAGCAAUACCCAACCAAACUCGAUUCCUUGGAGCUGUAUCUGUAGACUCUUGUUGUUGAUGAAAGCAGUUAGCCUCUUCAGCUCUGUUCGCCAACUCUCUCCUGGGGUAAGGUGAACUUGGCAUUUUAUCCUCAGUUGUAGUUUGUGCUUUAACGUUGCUAUCUUAAGUACUGGCAUUUAGGCAAAACGUGACUGUCUUACGGCAGCACCCAAAGGGAUUCUUUACUCUGGUGAGACGGAUUUGGGCAGCUAAACAAGGUGUGUGGUCACCAAAAGAUCAAUGAGUGUCUUUCAGCCCUAGACUAAGUCUAACCUUGGCAGACUCAAGGGAGCCACUAAAGCUAAACUCCCUAGAUAGAUAGAUAGACCCGUAUUUCAAGAUGAAAGUAGUGCCCUGGAGAUAGGUGCAACAGUGACAUGGUAGGCAGGCAGACUUGGUUCUGUAGGCCUCUUUGGGUUCUCUGAAAUUUCCCCUUAUGAUAACCUUGUAUUCCUGCUAGGCAAAGGGCCAAGCAGCUGUAAGAGCAUUACUUUGCUUGCAUCUCUUCCUUACUGUUUCCCUGGGAGGUACCUUCCUGUUUAAAAAUCAGGUCCUUCGUUCUGCCUCCCCCCUGAUCUGCAGUGCCUCUUCAUGUUCUGCCCAAGCUUUUAAAGUGUUGAAGCCGCUGGAGAACUUAAAUCCUUAGAACUGAGAGACACACAAGCUACUUAAAGAAGCCCAAAGGUGGUGGAGGACUUUUGACCAAAAUAUUUAAUCUUCUCAUGCAAGUAUUCUUAAUAACCAAAAUAGAAACGCGUGUCGUUGAGAGGGCCUCUGUCAGGCAUAAGUUGCUGAGGCCAAGCUGGUCAGAAAGGUGCCUUGUUUAUAAUGAAGUGUAAGACGCUAUUCUUAUACAUUAACUGUAGUUAAAAACAAGCAAUCCUAUUGCUUGUAUAUAUCAAAGUCAGGAAAGGAGGUAGUUGGUUUUCAUUUCUAUUUAGAGGUUCUUGUACAAAUGAUGUCAGGAGAAAAAGUAAGCAUUGACUUAAAAAGCUAUGCUUCAGAUGCUAAAGGUUAAUUUCCUGUGCUUUUCCGAGAUUGGAGAGCUGCAGAGGACCUUGGAGGUCUUGGUCUAACGUCUUUAUCUUAGAGAACCGAGGCCGGAAGAGAGGGCCUGAGGUCUCUUCACUAGGAGCCUGCGGGCUUCUGGUGGGGAGUCCGGUGCUUUCUCCCUUAGCACUUUUUUUAAGGGUGAUGUUCCUUGUCUUUCUGUAAAAGCAGCACCCAGGGCCCAGGAGGUGCAGACUCCCACGGGGUGCUCCUGUGUGCAUGCUUUUCUGUCUUGUGUGUUGUCAUUUUCCUGGCCCUUGUCCCUCCAUCCUUUCAGUGGUAGGGGGUGCCCUUGUUGGUCACUGGGAUCUCAGCUGAGAGAGCUGAGGAACAAGAUGCAGCCCAGUUCAUCACAGCCUAGCAGGUUCCCUCAGCCGCCUUUCAUGCCACACCGAUGACAAUGGAAUAAGAGUCUAAACCUGCUUCCUCUGACCUGCUCUCACUUUGAAGUUGAGUGCUGAGAAAGCUUCCCGUAAUACUUUAUCUCCUGUGGCAGCUGCCACUUCUGUCUGGUAUUAUAGGUAUCUGUAUUCGUUUAUCUUCCCUACUAGAUUGUACGCUCCUGGAGGGCAGAGGCCACUCUUACUUGUAUUUGUACUUUCCUGCUGUUCCUGGCACCUAGCACAGUGCCUUGCACAUGGAAACAAUAAACGACUGUGGAAUGACCA